AUGUCUCGUUUUCUGCCAGCACAACGUGCCCAGGACGCAAAGCCAAGUAUUUGGGUGGAAUUCACUACACUUGCUGCCGAGACAAAAGCCGUCAAUCUUGGACAAGGAUUCCCAGAUUUUGCCAUGCCAACAUUUGUUGCCAAAAUUCUCGAGGAAAUCACGAAACACCCAGAGAGAGUCGAUUGGCAUCAGUACACCCGUGGAUACGGCCAUCUACGACUUGUCAACAUUCUCUCUAAACUUUAUGGUGACCACUUCCUGCGUGAAAUUGAUCCACAAUCGGAAAUCCUUGUCACAAUCGGGGCCUACCUUGCCUUAUACUAUACUUUUAUUGGUUGGAUUGAUGAGGGAGAUGAGGUGUUGAUCAUUGAACCAGCUUAUGACUGUUAUUCUCCGCAAGUAACAAUGGCUGGUGGAAAGCCAAUCUCAAUUGCAAUGUCUUUGCCUAAAGAUGCGACUUCAGCUGGGCAAUACAAGUUGGAUCUUCAAAAGCUGUAUGAUUCCUGUACAUCGAAGACGAAAAUGCUUGUACUCAACAAUCCAAACAAUCCCACUGGCAAGCUUUUCUCGAAAGAUGAGCUUGAAGGAAUCGCGAAAUUCGUUCAAGAAAAGGAUUUGAUUGUGGUAGCUGACGAGGUUUAUGAGUGGCAUGUGUACGGAGGAAAUGAAAUGAUUCGUUUUGCGAGUCUGCCAGGGAUGUACGAUCGAACAAUUACCAUCGGAAGCGCUGGAAAAGCUUUCUCUGUCACUGGUUGGAAACUGGGUUGGGCAAUCGGACCGAAGCAUCUCUUGGAACCUUUAAAAACGAUUCAUCAAAACUGUGUCUUCACAUGUCCGACUCCAAUUCAAGAAGCGGUCGCUCAGGCGUUCGAGAAAGAGUUCGAAUUGUUGAAAACCCAGCCGGAGAAGAGUUACCUCAAAACAGGGCUCAGCUCCGAGCUCAUCGCCAAGCGUGACCGUUUAUCGAAGGCUUUAACUUCAGCCGGUUUUCGCCCAAUUCUUCCACAGGCUGGCUACUUUAUGAUGGCUGAUUAUACAAGUCUUGAUGGUCCUUACAAAAAUAUUCCCACAAACCACCCUGAUCCAAUCGAUUUCCAUUUCGUUCGCUGGUUGUGUAAAGAGAAAAAGUUGGCGACCAUACCGCCAUCAGCUUUUUAUUCGCCCGAACAUAAACACGAGAAUGCGAACUUGAUCCGAACCUGUUUUUUCAAGAAAGAUGAGACUUUGGACGCGGCAGAGAAGAUUUUGAAAGGAGAUUGCCGUGGGAAUGAGAAUUGGAGGGAAUCGAAGGAGAACGAAGAGAAAAGAACCAUGUUUCAACUAGCUCCGAUUACUCUCAAGCCCGAGGUUCGCGCCCAGAAAGCACAACACCCAGACUUCGAAAAGCUUCUCGUGGCUUUGAUUCGAAAUGUGGCACAGGAAAAAGAGGUAGUUCAAAUCGAUUUGAACAACGCGAAGAAGCUGCUCAACAAGUUGGACGCUUUCAUGGCCUAUGGCUUGUACGCAUCAAACAAAUGCUAUUGGCCGUUUGUGCGCGAGUUUCUCCCGAAAACGGAGGCUCAACUAUUAAAGGUCGAAUGGCAAUGUACAUCGGAUCGAGCCCUAUCGAUGGCGUGGCUGAAAGACGCACUCAACCGCGGCUCUUUUCACUUUCAACUUUUGGGUUUCAAGCAGAACAAAGAAUUAAGAAAGCUCAUCUGUCGAUUCUAUCAUCCGAAUGCUUUCUUUCGAAAUUACGGAAUGUUGGAGAGGGUUGUUGACGAGUGUGAGAGACUUUCGAAUGUGAUGUUCGCUUUUCCGAGUCCAUCAGCGGCGAAUCAAGUAUUCGUUCCGGCAGCGAUUGUCGUCGAAACAACACCCGUUCAAACGUCCCGAAUCAUUCGGAAAACGAAAAAGCGACGAGAACGAGAGCAAUCAGAAUCAGAAGCCUCAAUCCCAGCUGUGACUGUUCCACUCACCCGAAAUCCACUUCCAACCGUGAUGGAUCAAGAGUAUGUGUUAAAUGAUCUGUUAGCUCGGCAACGACAAAGAACAAAGCUCAACGGAUUUGUGGCUGAUGAACCAAAGAGUGGAGACUCACCGAGACUUCUACACAAAUCGGAGGACAUCGACGAGCCUCACGAGCAACCACUCGAGAUUUUGAUCCGAAAGAACAUGUCCGGCGUCUUUGGAAGCUUUGCUGAUCAAGCUUGCGGCUCUUACGACAGUCUCUUUGUCGAUGAUCCACCAAGAAAAAACACUGAAGUCUCCGACACUCAUCCACCCGUCGAGGAUACAAAAUGUGAAGGAGAAAUCAACUUGCAAUCUGGUGAGGUGCUCAAACUAGCGAUGGACGUUUUCCGUGAUCAACGAGAAAAUCUUCAGCGCUGCUUUCAAGUUUUCGAGAGAUUCGUGGUUGGACGGCCAGCUGAAAGGCUGCUGAUUCUCACCGAUCAGAACAUCUACAUUCUUUCACAGAGCUUAACGACAGAUAAUCAGGAUACAAGCCAAGUACAAGAAAUGACGAGCAGCUCUCAAGUCGAGUAUCAUUCGCAUUGCGAGGCGGCUAUGGACGCAAUCGAUUACAUUGGUUUGACCGAUGAUUUUCAAUCGGUUCUACUCUUUGCAAAGCAAGGGACAAAUUUUAAGAUGCACGAUGAGGAGCAUUUGUCGGGCGAUGUGGUUAUGAUGGCGACGGGUGACAAGAAAUUGGGGAAAAUUAUUGCUGAUGCUAUGUGUAUGGCAGCUGAAAAAGGCGGUCGUCAAGGCGGUGCGCCGCUCGUUUACACCGAUUCCACGCCUUAUGCGCUGAUCGUUCGACGAUUCUUAGACAAAGAACUGAAACAGAGUGAAGAAAUCCUUCACACGUCACUGGUCUUCUGGAGGGAAACGAGCACAUUGGGCACGGCUGUUGAAAUCUCCCAUCAGGGUUAUUUGAUGCAUCGAUCACUGGACGUAUCCUGGUGGAGAAAACCGAAUGAUGACUGGAAACAGAGCUAUUUUUUGUUGCAAGGCCGGAAGCUUUACGUGUUCACCGAUAUGACAUGCAAAAUUGGCGAAAGAGUGAUCAAUUUGAGUGGAGGAGCCGUGGAGACACAAGAAGUUGAACUAAAGAAACAUCACACGUUUGUGCUACAAAUAACUUUCCCGGAUCGCCCAGACGAGGCACCGAUUCAACUCCAAUGCACGUCAAGAGAUGAAAUGACCCGUUGGAUGCACUUGCUGAGCAUUGCCUUGUCUUCUCAGGAUGACGGAGAAGAUGCUGUUUCCUGUGCUUUGAUCAUCACCGCGUCAAGCCUCGUCAUUUGUCAAGAGGGCGAAAAUGUUCUUCGCGACGAUUUCAUGCGAUCUCUGCUCGUCCUUAAUUUGACCGAUCUAUUGAGUGGAGUCAGAAUGGCUACUGAGCAUCACACAUGUUUGAUUUUGGAGUCAAACGAGAUGCGCGAGUGGUUCUUCUUCCGAUCGGAGAAUGAGUUGAGUCGGAUUUGCAAGAGUUUGGAGAAGUUUGUGAAGAUUCAAAAUAUCGAGAACAAUGUCGAGGAAAACACCCGUCAACUCUUGCUCAAUCAAGCCCGUCGGGUGCCCGAUUUAUGGCAUCGAACCGUUUUUGGCACGGAACACCUGGAGAUGCUUGAAGAGUUG